AGAUUAGUUUAACGUGGAUACCAAGGAAAUGGUGAGCUUCCUGACACAGGUUGUAUCUGAAAAUUUCGGGGCUAAGUUUAUUAAUGAACUUAGAACUUAGAAAUGGCCUCAAGUUGUAUAAUAUCCAAGACAUCUUCUACCAGUGCUUGCAAACAUUCUACAUAUAUUUUUAAAGUAAGAAAAAUCAGUUAUCCUUCCGUUUUAUUCAAAUAAGGAUUGGAAUAAUUUUUUUAGCAAAAAAUAAUUCAGAAUAAAAAUUCUAAAAUAUUGCUUAAAAAUAAUAAAUAAUAGUUUUUGCAUAUAAAAAAUCAAAAGCAACUAAGCAUUUAACAACAUAAUUAUUUAUUUAAUAAGUUACAAAAAAUAUCACAGGGUGUGCCAGAGUGGUUUGUGUAUUAACUAGAAAGUGUUCUCAAUUGGUUUGAUUGCCAGCGCGCGACUUAUCAGCUGUUUUUAUCAUUACUGCUGACGUUUAUGUAUUGUCUACAAUUAAUUUGUGUAAAUAAAAAGAUUUUACGGUGUCGAAAAAGUUACAACUACGAAAAAUAUAGUUUAUAAAAUUAUAUUAGGUCAUUAGUAAAGUAGUGCGAAACCACAGAUUUAACGAAACACAAAAAUGGACACUAAACUGGAUAUGUUCGAUGAUAACAUUUCGGCUUCUUCCCAAUUGGAAGGUGAUAUGUCCAUACCGGGUGCACGUAAAAAUACAACACAAAUAGGCGCACCGGAUUUCAACACUUUAGAUGAGCCAAUCAAAGAGACAUUUUUACGAGAUGUGCGCGCAGUUGGCGUAAAAUUCUAUCAUGUGCUCUAUCCCAAGGAGAAAUCCAGUUUACUACGAGAUUGGGAUUUAUGGGGCCCACUAGUACUCUGCACCUUUAUGGCUACCAUACUGCAAGGCUCAUCAGAUAGCAUGUAUGAUGGCGGUCCGGAGUUCGCACAAGUUUUUGUUAUAGUGUGGAUAGGUGCGGCUAUAGUUACUCUAAAUUCAAAGCUGCUUGGCGGCAAUAUCUCGUUUUUCCAAUCCGUCUGCGUUUUGGGCUAUUGCCUUACGCCUGUGGCGAUAGCGUUGAUUGUGUGUCGUGUUAUUUUGAUAGCUACCCAAACGAAAUUGGCAUUUUUCUUGCGUCUGGUAACCACUACGCUAGGAUUUGUGUGGGCCACAUAUGCUUCUUUCAUAUUUCUUGGUGAAAGUCAGCCACCAAACCGUAAACCACUUGCCGUAUAUCCAAUAUUUCUAUUCUUUUUCAUCAUAUCCUGGUUAGUUAUAUCGCAUACCUAAGUAAAUAGUAUGUGUAAUUAGAUUAUUUAGUAUACGUUUAUCAAACUUAUAAUGAAUUCCAGGGGAUCAUGAAACCAAUUUAAUUUAGUUAUACUGUAAAAUGAUAAUGUCUAAGCGCAUAAGAAAAUAAUAAAAGAUAAAUAAUAAAAAACGUA